AUGGAGGUUAUCUCCCUCCCGGUGCCAACCAACAAUGAUGAUAUCAUAAAAGAAAAGCAGACUCUAAAAUGCUGGAAAAGAGCUCCUAGCAAAAUUGGCAGGCUAGCCAGGCAUCGAGGGGAGACUGUAGCCAUCUCUAAACAGUCUAGACAGAAAGAGCAAUUGCAUAACCCAGAAGUAGUGGCAGUAUCCGAAAAUGGAAACAAUAUCCUAGAGGUGAAGACUGUACCGAUUGAAAAUGGAAACUUGUCUGAAACACAGGAUAAAGAUGUUGUAUCGGAGGGUCUUGGAGUAGUUAGUGUAUAUGACCAGUGGAUUGGACCUCCAAUAUCUGGCCCGCGUCCAAAAGCCAGAUACGAGCAUGGAGCAGCUAUUAUUGAGGAUAAGAUGUACGUAUUUGGUGGAAACCACAAUGGUCGUUACCUAAGUGAUCUCCAGGUUCUGAAUAUGAGAAGUUGGACUUGGUCCAAAGUUGAAAUUCAGGCAGGGACAACUCCUUGUGCCGGCCAUUCGUUGAUACCGUGGGAUGGGAAGCUUCUUUCAAUCGCUGGACAUACAAAGGAUCCUUCUGAAACAUUACAAGUGAAGGUGUUUGAUCCGCAAACUUGUACUUGGUCUACGUUGAAGACUUAUGGAAAGCCUCCGGUAUCUCGUGGAGGACAGUCAGCGACCCUUGUGGGAAUGACUCUCGUCAUAUUUGGCGGACAGGAUGCAAAGAGAUCACUUUUAAAUGACCUGCACAUUCUGGACUUAGAAAGCAUGACCUGGGAUGAAAUGGAGACGGUGGGGGUUCCACCUUCUGCAAGGUCUGAUCACGCUGCAGCAGUACAUGCAGAUCGUUACCUCCUUAUUUUUGGUGGCGGCUCACACGCAACUUGCUUUAACGACCUUCAUGUUCUUGAUCUUCAAACUAUGGAAUGGUCAAGACCAACACAGCAGGGUGAGAUACCUAGUCCGCGUGCUGGCCAUGCUGGUGUUACAGUUGGAGAGAAUUGGUUCGUUGUUGGCGGGGGGAACAAUAAGAGUGGAGUCUCAGAGACUGUUGUCCUCAACAUGUCCACAUUGGUCUGGUCAAUUGUAACUACUGUCGAAGGACGUGUUCCUCUUGCUAGCGAGGGUUUGAGUUUAGUCCUUAGCUCUUACAGUGGUGAAGAUGUGCUAGUCUCAUUUGGCGGAUACAAUGGGAGGUACAACAAUGAGGUUAAUGUACUUAAACCAAGUCAUAAAUCAACUUUGCAAUCAAAGAUGGUGACCGUAGUGCCUGAUAGUGUAUCAGCUGUUCAAAACGUCACUAAUGCUACCAGAGAUUUGGGAUCUGAGCUUGAGACAGGUCAAGAAGGAAAAAUAAGGGAAAUUGGUGUGGACAAUAUUGAUGCUGAACCAAAGAUUAGCAAGAGCGAAGAGACAAGUGAUCGUCUUUUAGAAGCCCUUAAGACAGAGAAAGAACAAUUAGAGUCAUCUCUCACUGUGGAGAAAAUGCAGACCCUUCAGUUAAAGCAAGAGUUGGCAGAUGCUGAAACUCGCAACACAGACUUAUACAAGGAACUUCAAUCUGUGAGAGGCCAGCUUGCAGCAGAGCAAUCCAGAUGUUUCAAACUUGAGGUAGAUGUUGCGGAACUAAGGCAGAAACUGCAAACGAUGGAUACUUUACAGAAGGAGCUUGAAAUCCUCCAACGGCAAAAAGCCGCUUCUGAACAGGCUGCACUUAGCGCAAAACAAAGACAGAGCUCGGGUGGCGUAUGGGGUUGGCUUGCUGGAUCACCACCUGGCGAAAAAGUUGGUGACACAUGA